UGUCGGACAAAUGUGGUAUAUCUUUGUGACAAGUUUUAGAUUUUAGCAAUUCAGUCUUAGUUUCUUUAUUUUUGUUUAAAUUUUAUAGCUACUUAUGUAAUUGCGGCGCCUAAUCGUAGUGGACGGUACAAUGGUUAAGAAAAAGAGACAAAACGACCCCAGCGAAAACGGGGACGACUCCACCGAGUCGUGCGACGAGUCAGUGAAGUCUGCCUGCCCUCACGUCGCUAAAACCGUAGAUCUGAAUCGAUUGAAGAAGGCGCUAAAGACUGGGGGAUUCGAAAAGGACUGCUCGGAAUGCAAGAAAAGUCCGACGACGGAAAUAGUGGACUCUAACUAUGAGGAGGACUUGUCACUGUGGAUGUGUCUCAGGUGCGGGUCGCAGCUGUGCGGCAGAGCGCGGAACAAGCACGCCCUGAACCACUUCAACACCCCUCACUCUGACAGCCAUGCCCUCACCGCUAACACCACGACGUGGGAGAUCUACUGCUACUGCUGCAAUAACGAAGUGCACGCUACCAGCUCCAAGAGACUCCACGAGUGCAUAGAGUACCUCAAGAAGCAGGCCAACAACAGUCACAAAUCAACCGUAGUGGAUAACACUGAAUCACAAAUACCAAAGACUCUGGAAAUUUCAAUGCCACUAGAUAUGAUAAAAAAUGACAAAGGCAAAGAUAAGGCCGUAGCAUUGAACUUGCCGCGGGUGCGAGGUCUAACUAACUUAGGAAAUACAUGUUUUUUCAAUUCUGUUAUGCAAUGUUUAGUUCAGACACCUUAUUUGUUGAAUGUAUUGCAAGAGAUGGCGACACCGGGAGAGAAGUUUACUCUGCCGGGGGGCAAGCUGAAGAUGAAGCCGGAACAGGUGGGGGAGGAGGGGAAGGAGGUGGACCUCCCGCCCAUUACUGGACAGUUGGGAGAGUGGGGCACAUUGACAAGAACACUGGCAGAAACACUUGCUGAAUUGCAAGCAGGUGAAGGUGCUGUGUAUACCCCACGAAAGCUGCUGUCGGCUCUGGUGAACAAGUUACCACAGUUUGGUGGCGGUGACCAGCAUGACUCCCAUGAAUUGCUCAGGCAUUUGCUGGAAGCUGUCAGGUCUGAAGAUUUACGACGAUAUCAAUCUGUGAUCCUCAGUAGUCUCGGUGUGAGCUCCAAGGUAGACCCUGCCAAGGUGGAUGGGGAGGUCAAGCAAAAAGUCAAGUUUUAUGGACAACAGGCAUCAGAUACUAUGCUGAGACCAGAACAGGUGUUCCGAGGUUUUCUCGUGUCAACUCUGGAGUGUCAGGAAUGUUUCCAUCAUUCAGACAGAGCGGAAUACUUCCUGGACUUGUCAUUACCAGUUGCUGCCAGCAGACCCCAACCCCCGGCUCUCGUGCGCAGAAAAACUCCAAACGAUGACAAUUCAUAUAACACUCAAGAAGAAACCAAACCAUCCAAACAUCAACUUAAGAAGGAACAAAUGGCAAAAAGGAAAGCGGCGCGAAAGAAUAAAGGUAAUGCAGCAUCAAAAGACAACAGUCCAGAAAUUAAUGGUAAGAAAGAAGAUGGUAAGUCGUCCUCGGAACAAUCGGAUGCCGACGUAGAAGACAAUUUAGAGGACGCCCCGCGAGCGGCCGACGCGCACAAUUCUAACAAUUCGUCGGCUGUCGCGCACACGGCCGCUAACUUCGCUGCCUACCACAUGGAGUCGGGUUACAACUCCGAAAAAGUAAUCAGCUCGGAUUCCAUUCGAACCAGUCCAGUCGAGUUAGACAAGGAAAAAACUGACAAUACCCCCGAAACGACGGAUAAAGACAAGGAGUUCCCGGAAACCGUGUCAUCGAACGUCGCCAUUCCUCUUGAUUACAAACCUCUCAUAUCCCUCGAUAACUUUUCGAACCCCGACUCCGGCGUCGCCAGUCCAGAAGCUACUAAACAUAAUUCAACCGAAACGGUCGAUAACGUCGAAUCUCCCAACGGCAAGGACUUGGGCAGCCAUAGCUCCCUAUCCAGCGAAAUAAACCUAGACCUAUCCGGGCUCAACAAGCUCUCGCCCGUCAAGAGCGACUACGAGAGGCCAGUGUCGCGAAUCUCGUUCGCCCCCGAAUACUCCAACGAGGUCGUGUCCAGGGGAAUCAGCGCCCAGGCGUGCAGGGAUAUCCUGGAGCAGAGCUGGGAAUUCAACAACACCGGCGGCUACCCCAACAACCAGGAGGCGCCGCCCGGCGAUCUCUACGUCAACCAGGACGUGCCCAAUAAACUGGAUAACCUCAAGCUGGAUAUCGACGACGUCACGACGAAGCCAAAACCGACGCUACCCUCCCCCAACCCCGUCGAGUACUCCAUAGACGGCCCCCCAGCCGCGCCGAGGCCGAAGUCCACCUACAACACGGACAAGAUCCUGCAGAGGGACUACCUCAGCCUGGAGCGACAGAGCCCCCUCUCGCCGCGCUACGUGUGCGACGAGGACGAGUGCAGCGUCCAGUCCUGUCUCAGCCAGUUCACGGCGCUCGAGCUCCUCACCGGCAACAACAAGGUGGGCUGCGAGACCUGCACGGAGCGGAUCAACGGCAAGGACGGCAAGACGGUGUACACGAACGCCACGAAGCGCUUCCUCGUGUCGAGCCCGCCCGCCAUCCUAAUCCUCCACCUGAAGAGGUUCCAGCUGGGGCCGAGGUGCAUGUUCCGCAAGAUGACCAAGCACGUCGACUUCCCUACUAUCCUCAACCUGGCGCCGUUCUGCGCCAUGGACAAGCUGAAGAAGCUGCCGAACGUGGCGAAGGGCCAGAACGAGCUGCUGUACUCGCUGUACGGCGUGGUGGAGCACUCGGGCGGCAUGCACGGGGGACACUACGUGGCCUACGUGAAGGUGCGGCGGCCGGUGGAGCCGGGCGACCCGCGGUGGUGGUUCCUGCCCAAGAGCGCCAACAUCCCGGCUUCGGGCGCCGGCGACGCGGACUCCGACUCCGACCUCUCCGGCUACGAGUCGGGCGAGAGUCCGACCAACGCGCCUGCGGUGCCGGCCGGACGCUGGUACUACGUGUCCGACAGCAUGGUGUCCGAGGUGAGCGAGGACAAGGUGCUGCGCGCGCAGGCCUACCUGCUUUUCUACGAGAGGAUCCUGUGAGGUCGAGCGGUACCGAGUGGCAUUUAUGUGGAAGACUGGCCGGCGAUCGUCCCGUUUGUUGUAAAUAGCUUUCAAUCAUUGGCUUUCGAAACCGAAGCGGCCCGCCCGCUGUGUAAUCGAUAUUUAUUGAAUCACCGUCUGUAAAAUACUGCAAUAUUUAUAUGAAUUGUGUUUUUAAUCGCUGCGGAUUGGCGAGGGCGCUCCGAGGUUUAUUGUUCCUGUCGAUGGCUCUAAUGUGUACCGUCAAAUGUGGUCUCGUUGCGAGACAGUCUAUAGUAAUAAUUAUAAUUACGGAUGACCAGUAGUUACAGUUAGAAUAUUCUGCGGUGCGCGUUCGAUAUGAUAAGGAAUUGUUAGAGGUUUUUAUAAAUUUUCACGACACUCA